UUAACUCUGACACACUUUCUCUCUCUUAAAUAUUAUAUAAUUUUCCUCGGUAAUUUCAUAUUUUUCAUUGUCUACGGACGACCUCAAACUCGAGAAACUCACAGCUUUGAUUCCUGAAACCAGCAGUAAAUUACCACCACCCCUCCACUCCUCUCUCUACUCUCUCUCUCUCUCCUGCUUUAGGGCUUGAAGCCUUCGAAUCUCCCCCUUUUAAAUUAUUGAGCCUUGAAAAUUAUUCUCUCUCUUCUUAAUGCCUUGAUCUCUCUCUCUGGAGAGUUAGAAGCUCUGAACUCUGCGUCUGAAACUUUGACUCUCUUUCUCCUGCUUUAAAGCUUCAACACAUUUGCAAGGAUCGAACAGCUGGAAUCAAAGAACUUGAAGAAGCCUGUAAUGGCUGUCAAGGCGACCACCAACUUCGCGGAUCUCAUUCACAAAGUCACCGCCUCCUGCCUCAUCCACCCCCUCACUCGCCCCCACCUCCAUGAAACCAACGAACCAGAGUCCCUCUCUGACUCCGAAAACCUAGAAUUCCACGACGACUCCGAUUCGGACUUGGAAGAAGAAGAGCAGACCUACAGAGAGUUAGGGCACAAAAAAUUAGGGCAAAAUCACGAGGAGGAGAACUCUAAGCUUUUGCAGAGGGUGAAAAACGUCGAAACCCUACUCUCCGAGGUCUUUGGCGCAGUGGGGGCUCUGAAAUUGGCUUACGUCAGCAUGCAGGCUGCGCACUCGCCGUGGGACCCGCAAGGGGUGAGGAACGCCGACGUCGGGGUGGUGGUAGAGCUAAGGCGGCUGGCCGCGCUCAGGGAGAGGUUCAGGAGGGGGGGAGGUGCGCCGCAGCCGCCCGCCGUGGUGGCGCCGUACGAGGCGGUGGUGGAGGAUUUUAAGAGAGAGGUCAGAGAGAGAGAAGCGGAGGUGGCGGAGCUGAAAGAGAGGUUGAGGCAUUUGGGUGGCGGAGGAGGAGACAGGAUGAAGAAGAUGAAGAGGAUGCCCAGCGCUCGAGGCGAAGUUGCUGCGGCCCCCUCAUUUGAGCUCUUUGAGUCCUGUAUGAACCAAGUGAAGCAUUCCUCCAAAUCCUUCGCCGCGCUCCUCCUCUCUCUGAUGCGUGCUGCUCACUGGGACAUUGCUGCUGCUGUCCGCUCCAUUACUGGUGGCGCUACCACACUCUCCACUGCCUCUGCCCGUCUCGCCGUUGAGUCCUAUGUGUGCUGCAAAAUGUUUCAAGGCUUCGAGAACGAGUCUUUCUACAUAUCCGGGAUGCUGUCUUGCCUUUUGGAGCCAGAAAAGCAUAGACAAGACUGUUUCGCUCAGUUUAAAGCCAUGCUCUCCCUCGACCCACCGGAACUUCUUAGCUUGUUGUCCGAAUCGUUGUUUGGAAAAUUUUCAGCUAAAAAGUAUAUGAAGAUUGUGCACCCAAAGAUGGAGGAGGCGUUCUUCGGGGGGCUUGAGCAGAGGCGCAUGGUGGCCUCUGGUAAGCACCCCAAGACCGAGUUUUACAGCGAGUUCUUGGUCCUCGCGAAAGCGGUCUGGAUGCUUCAUCGACUCGCAUUUGCUAUGGAGCCAUUGCCGAGUCAGUUUAGGGCAAGUCGAGGUGCAGAGUUCCACCCCGAGUUCAUGGAAAGUGUCGGGGGAAUUCCCGGCGGGGUUUCAGGCGGUCUGGUGUCAUUUUCCGUGACCCCAGGUUUCAAAAUUGGGGGGUUUGUGAUCAAAGCUAGGGUGUGCCUGGUCUCGAGAAAGUGAGGGUGGAGAGGAGGGCAUGGCGGAUAUUAUGAGACUAUUUUGAGGGUACAUCUGGGACAUGAAAUCAAGAGUUUGGCCUAGAGAGGGUGCGAAAAGAUAUUAGGCCGGAAUGUUCAGGGUAUUUGGGUAAUUGUAAUUGGGGAUUUCGUGUUUUGUUGGAGGUGGGGAUACCGUGUUUGAUAUUAAGAUAACUGUAGGUCUUAGAAUAAUAUAUGACAAGGUCACUUUUUUUGUUUU